AUGGUGAUCUUGUGUAUUGAAAAGAACAAUGCUUCGUCUCUGAUCUCGAGCGAGUUGGACAGUUUAAGCUCUUCUAUGGUAUCUGACACGGUGCCAUUACAGCUUCCAUCCACCAAGCGUGUACGGAAUAAUAGAUUCGAAUACAUAGCACGAAAGCAACAAGCAAAAUUCGCAAUUGUUCCAGUGCAUUCAAAUGAUGAGAAGGCGAUUUUUGAAAAUAUGCUCUCAUGCAACUAUGAAUCAUCGACCGAACCUGAUUGGAGCCAUUUUGCUUCGCAUUGGAAUACGUCUGCUGAUGGUGUAAGCAUAUUUUACAAGACACCAAAACAUCUAAAGUCAUAUCACAUUAUUUGCAAAGAAAACAAGUUUAUUGCAAAUUCUAUCCAAAAACAUCGUAACAUCAUGCAAAAAGUCAAAUCUGUUAUAUCUGAAACUAUGCAACCUCAAGUAUUACCUCAAGCAAACCCACUUUUACAACCCUCGAACAAUAUUGUUACAUCACCGAAUAGGCUUCUCGUCCCAACAAGUAACCAAAACUUUUUUCAUAAAUAUCUCACCCAUUGUUCCCGUCUCACAGCAGACAGUUGCUCCUAG